AUGACUCGGUCUUGUGGGGCGAUGAGCCGUUGUCUUUUUCACACAAUCCAACAGUCAGACGUCCAAGGUAAUCUCUUUUCGGUAUCGGGUGAGACCGAUUUACGAAUCCAUUCCAGCCGCCUUUUUGAAGCAAAUGCAAGCUAUGAAAAUGGAAUCGUCAUGUCGACUCAUAUGAUUUGCCACUGGCGGACAUCAGCUUCUAGGCCCUCUGUCUCCUCUGCCGCUGCGUCUGCCCACCUGACCCUGCCAUCUUCACGCCCUACCAGUCUCCUUUUUAUUCCACAGUUCGACUCCACUUUUGUCAGGAUCCUCUUCACCAACUUGCCUCUCGCGCCUGCGUUACGGCCUCCCCACCCGGCCAUUCCUCUUCGCUUAUCUCACCUCGGCAACACAUCUCUUCUCUCGCCUGUUGCCAACUCUAGUGUAAGCCAGGCCAAAGUAUGUGUGCUCAUGCCUUUCGGGGCCUUGCUACCGCUUUUUCGGUCUCCACGCCCCUCUAUCUGCGUGCGAGCCCAAUGGCUGGUACCUGCUUGUGUGCCGUCGAAUGUAUGUCAGCUUCACUGUUCUGAGAGGACGGACAGGAGGUGUGGCAUUCUGGCAUUGGGCGAGGGACAUCAGAAGGGGCAUUAA